AUCAACCUGCCUUUCCUCUUGAACAGAUACUUGCAGGAGUCAGGCUUUGUACAUUCAGCCUUCUCUUUUGCUCACGAAAGUAUGUUAGGAAGGACUGGUUUACGCUCGGCGGAUAAAGCUUUACCUCCGGGGGCACUGAUAUCUUUUUUGCAAAAGGGUCUACAAUACGUUGGAAUCGAGGAACGCCUUCGACAUGACAGCACAGGAGGGAGAAAGGCUGCAACUGAGACGGAAGGAGACUUUUCUCUCCUUUCCCCUCUCACACUGGCACAACCGCAUGUCAAUACUGCCGCAGAGCUUAUGGGUCUGCAAAAAAAUAACCUAGUCCAACAGGAAAGUACUGCUUCUUCUGGUGGAAUAGAUACACUAGCCGUCACUGCUCAAGGGGGGAAACGAGUCGCAUCUGGGUCGAAACGAAGCAUUAAGAAGCAAAAGAAGGAUAAACCUGACCCAAGAAAAGGAAAACUCAUUGACGAUGCAAAGAAAAGUUUAGAAGGCAAAGAGUUGCAUCCAAUGGACGUUGAGGAAAACGACAACCAGGCGGACUCGGCUUCCUUUCCUGCUCACAAAGGAAACUCACCGCAGCCGCUACCAGCGCAGGAACCUUUGAAUGGCCAGGCUGUGGAAAUCAAUGGAUCAACGGGGCAAACGACUACUUCCGGGGUAAACGGUGGACAGCAUGAAUUCACAAGGAAGAACGUUGACCAGCAGCAACAUUCCACUAUCGAUGUUGAUAAAGAAGACGCCGCAACAGACGUUUCUCCGAAAGAAAUAUUGAAAUUGGAAAUGCAUCAAUCUGAAGUCUUUAUGUGUGCUUGGAAUCCUGUAUUUUCGGAUCUCAUUGCCACGGGUAGUGGUGACGCAUCGGCGAGAAUAUGGCAAAUGCGUGGACUGUAUGCUGCUGCUGGAUUGACUACUGUGAAGUUGUUGCCGCACGGCACCGACCCAAGAGAUAAGAAGAAUAAGGAUGUUACAACGCUUGAAUGGUCGUCUGAUGGGUUGUUAUUGGCUACUGGAAGCUACGAUGGAGUUGCUCGUGUCUGGGCGCGCAAUGGAGCCCUCAUGCAUACGUUAAAGGGGCACAACGGUCCUAUUUUUUCGUUGAAAUGGAAUAAGAGAGGGAAUUUUCUGCUGUCCGGGAGUUACGACAAAACAACGAUCGUUUGGGACGUUUCAGGACCAGCUGGGUUUGUGGAGCAACAAUUUACUGACCAUCAAGCACCCGCUCUCGACGUCGACUGGAAGGACGAUGUGACAUUCGCAUCCUGCUCUACGGACAAAACGGUCCACAUAUGCCGAGUAGGUGUACCCAAGCCCUUAAAAGUUUAUUCAGGACAUACAGACGAAGUAAAUGCCGUGAAAUGGGAUCCCUCAGGUCAGCUGCUAGCAAGUUGCUCGGACGAUUGUACGGCCAAAGUUUGGGACGUGGAGUCUGAUCGCACAGACCCGCUUCAUGACCUUACGAGCCACCAGCAGGAAAUAUACACUGUAAAAUGGAGCCCAACUGGUUCGGGUUCGAAAAAUCCUUCGAAAAAAGCCGUUUUAGCGACGGCAUCGUUCGAUGGUUCAGUACGACUUUGGGACGUAAAAGACGGUUCCUGCUACCGAGUUUUCAAUCGUCAUCGAGACUCGGUGUACUCGGUUGCCUUUUCACCGUCGGGGGACUAUCUUGCUAGCGGGUCUCUUGCUGGGCAAAUGUAUAUCUGGAAUAUUGAGGAAGGGCGUCAUAUAAAGAGCUACAAGGGAAAGGGCGACAUUUUUGAAGUGGCAUGGAACAAAGAAGAGACUCGAGUAGCUGCUUGCUUCUCAUCGAAUGUCGUUGCGGUGAUCGACUUUGACAAAAGCACAAUCAUAUGA